GGUGUAUUUAAAGAGCAAGCAAGCUCUCAAGCAAAGCAAAAACACAGCAGCGUUGCCAUGGCACUGCUAUUGCUCUUGUUCCUAGCCAACAUUUUAACAAUUUCAAAGGGAACAUGCGAAGCGGGUAUCAUAAAACAGAUUCAUCUCCUCCGACCAAGAUCCGGUGCCGGAGGAGAUUUCAUACCGGGGUUAUCGUGCCUGAGUUGGCGACUCGCCGUCGAGACCAACAACAUCAUUGGGUGGAAAACUGUUCCAGAAGAGUGUGAAGAAUACGUAGGUCACUACAUGUUAGGGAAGCAGUAUCGGAAAGACUCGAGAGCGGUGGCUAAGGAGGCUUUUCUAUACGCCCAAAGCCUCAAGCUGGCCGGCGACGGCAGGGAUAUUUGGAUCUUUGAUAUUGACGAGACUACCCUCUCCAAUUCCCCUUAUUAUGCCCAGCAUGGAUUCGGAGCGGAGCCAUACAAUGCCACAUUGUUCGAUGAGUGGGUAAUGGAAGGGGCUGCUCCAGCAUUACCGGAGAGUCUUUUGCUUUACAACAAGUUAUUGAGUUUAGGGAUUAAGGUUGUUUUCUUAACAGGAAGACAAGAAUCUCAAAGAAACACAACUGCUUCAAAUCUUAAGAAUGUUGGAUACCACACUUGGGACAAGCUUAUACUCAAGGAACCAUCAAAGUAUUCAGGGAAGACAGCUGUAUUUUACAAGUCAAACGAGAGAAAAAUGCUGGAGAAGAAAGGGUAUAGAAUCAUUGGAAAUAUAGGUGAUCAAUGGAGUGAUCUCUUGGGGACCAAUACCGGUAACCGGACGUUCAAGUUGCCGGAUCCAAUGUAUUACAUUAGCUGAAGAUAUAUCACCAUCUUGCCACCGGAGGAGAAUGGCCAUUGAUUUAUGUACUAUUUAUUUAUUAUGUGUAUGGAAAUUUGCAAUAAAAUAAAAUAAAGAUUUAUUUAUAAUAAAAUUAGUAAAAGUUUA